GAAUCGUAUAUCGUAGUAAACAAAGAGGAUUUUUAAGUACUGAUGACAGAAGAGAGAACACUGUGCUGUUUUAGUUAAGAUUUGACGUAGAAAAUAUGUCAUUAGCGGACGAAUUGCUAGCAGAUCUCGAGGAAAAUGAUGAUCACGUUAUGGAAGAGGAAGCCGAGCCGGAUUUCAUUCCGGCUUCGGUUUCGAAAACGAUCGAAAAAGAAAUAAAAGUGGCAUCAGUUAGAGAACUGGCUAAGCUUUGUGACUCGGAACAAUUACAGAAAGUAAUGUCUCAGAUGGAGAAAUACAGCAAGCGUCCAAGAAAAUCAGCAGAUAUUAUAGGACCAGUUGAAUCGGACCCAGAAUAUCAGCUAAUUGUCGAGGCUAACAACAUGGCAGUGGAUAUUGACGAUGAAAUAGCUACUAUUCAUAGAUUUGUAAGAGACAAGUACUCAAAGAGAUUCCCAGAGCUGGAAUCUUUGGUUGUUGGUCCCUUGGAAUAUGUUAUGACAGUCAGGGAAUUAGGAAACGACUUGGACAGGGCAAAGAACAAUGAGAUAUUGCAACAGUUCCUUACCCAGGCAACCAUUAUGGUUGUUUCCGUUACUGCGUCUACAACACAAGGACAACUACUGACAGAAGACGAGAAGGAAGCCAUCUGCGAGGCUUGUGACAUGGCAGUUGAAUUAAACAACUGCAAACUGAGAAUAUUCGAAUACGUUGAAAGCAGGAUGGCUUUCAUCGCUCCAAAUCUUUCUGUGAUAGUCGGCGCAUCCACAGCCGCAAAAAUAAUGGGUGUUGCUGGUGGAUUGACUAAGCUUUCGAAAAUGCCAGCUUGCAAUGUUCUAGUCUUGGGAUCGCAGAAAACAACUCUGUCCGGAUUUUCCCAAGUCGCGACUCUACCUCACACUGGUUUUAUUUAUUACUCGGAUAUCGUGCAAGAAACACCGCCGGAUUUAAGAAGGAAGGCGGCGAGGCUCGUGGCAGCGAAGAGUAUGCUAGCCGCACGGGUGGAUGCUUGUCACGAGAGCAACGACGGUCGUAUCGGUCAAACGUUUCGUGAGGAGAUCGAGAAAAAAUUGGACAAACUUCAGGAACCACCGCCGGUGAAGUUUGUCAAACCUCUGCCGAAACCUAUCGAUCCUGGGCGAAAGAAACGCGGCGGUAAACGAGUGAGGAAGAUGAAGGAACGUUAUGCGAUCACUGAAUUCAGGAAACACGCGAACAGAAUGAAUUUCGCCGAUAUCGAGAACGAUGCCUAUCAAGAAGAUCUUGGAUAUACCCGCGGCACAAUUGGAAAGGCUGGCACUGGACGUAUCAGAUUACCACAGAUCGAUGAAAAAACCAAAGUUCGGAUAUCGAAAACUCUACAGAAGAAUCUGCAGAAGCAACAGCAAUGGGGCGGCAGUACGACAGUUAAGAAACAAGUUUCCGGUACCGCUUCUAGCGUUGCUUUCACGCCGUUGCAGGGGUUGGAAAUUGUCAACCCACAGGCCGCCGAGAAGAAAGUGAACGAAGCGAAUGCAAAAUAUUUCUCGAACACCGCUGGAUUUUUAAAAGUGAAGAAAUCGUAAGAUUAUUCAUCGUGACAGAAUAUAUUGUAUAGACGAUGUACGUAUUAGAAUUUUUAUUUUAUAAACGAUGACGAUUCUAAUAUAUUUAAUAAUGAGAUGAAGGGAGGAAAAAAGACGAUAAAUUUUAUUGCGAACGAUCCGUUACUGUUUAUUUGUUAUACACUAUAAGAUUGAGUGUCGUCAAUGUCGAGAUAGCCGAUUGCAAAGUUUCUCGGGAAGUUCGAUUAAGUAUACUACGUACUUUGGCGAUUAUAAUUGGACGUAGUAAAUGGCACAUAAAUAAUUUUAUUCCAAGUUACUAUACGGCUACAGUAGUUGUAACGUGAGGCACGUUUCGAUUCAUCUUACAAACUUUAAUCAUUUGUUAUAAUCCAACUUGUGCCUCCGACGACCAUGCAUACUCACAUGUAAACGUUACGCGCACUCGAAAUAUAAAAGACUAUAAAAAAGAGAAA